GGUGGAUGCUUUUCGUGUUGUCUGGUCACACUGCCGUACUACCUGUUUGAUUUCGUUGAUUAUUUUAUUUAUUUUCGUUACUUCUGUUUACCGUAUUUGUUGUUUGUGUUCUUUCCCUUUUUGUUAUCAAAAUAAAAACUUCUAAAUAAUGGCUCGCUACUUCAAAGAACAGGAUAUUGAUGAAUUCCGCGAGUGCUUUUAUCUAUUCGCCCGUUCGGGCCAAAUCAACAAUUUGGACGAACUAACUGUUAUUAUGCGUUCCCUGGGUCUUUCCCCCACCAUUCAAGAACUGGUUUCGUAUCUAAAGCAGAAGAAUGGCAAGAUGAGUUUCGCCGACUUUCUGGACAUUAUGCAUCAGCACUCCAAGGUGGAGAGCCUGCCGGACGAGGUGAUUGCCGCCUUCAAGGCAGCCGAUCCCCAGAACAAGGGCACCAUAUCGGCCAGGCAGCUGCGCAAUCUCCUCCAGAACUGGGGCGAGGGCUUGUCCAUGCGCGAGGUGGACAACAUCUUCAGGGAGGCGAAUGUCAACAACAAUAGCACUGUGCGAUAUGCAGACUUUGUUAAGAUUGCCUGUGCCCCAGUUCCAGACUACUAUUAGACCAUAUCCGGGUAUAUAACAGCCCGAGAAACACAUUCCAGUACAGCACGCCCCAACAAUCCGCACAAUAAUCAAUAAACAACAUGUAUUUAGGUAAA